CGACAAACCAAAAUAAUAGAUAUCAGGACGACAAAGACCGAUCGAAGGAAACUUGAAAAAGAAAGAAAGGAGAUCAUCUAGCGUCAUGUUCAGGAACAACUACGAUUCAGAUAAUACGGUAUUUUCUCCUCAGGGUCGAUUGCAUCAAGUAGAAUAUGCGCUCGAGGCUGUCAAGCAAGGUUCGGCUUCGGUCGGACUGAGGAACAACACUCACGUCUUACUUCUUGCUCUCAAAAGAUCGACCGGUGAAUUGGCUUCGUAUCAGAAGAAGUUGAUCCGAAUCGACGAUCAUAUCGGGAUCGCCAUUGCCGGAUUGACCAGCGAUGCUAGAGUAUUAUCUAACUUUAUGAGACAACAAUCGAUGACGUCUAGGUUAUUACACAACCGACCCUUGCCACUAUCUCGAUCGGUGAUGGCAAUUGCUGAUAAGGCUCAAGUUAAUACGCAGGAGUAUGGACGCAGACCUUACGGCGUUGGAUUUUUGAUUGGAGGACAUGAUGAAACGGGUCCUCAUCUUUACGAAUUCAGCCCCUCUGGAAACUGUCUAGAGUAUUUUGCGAUGUCGAUUGGAGCUCGAUCACAAUCAGCAAAGACUUAUUUAGAAAAACAUUUUGAGAAGUUUUUGGAUUGUGGCCUCGAUGAGUUGAUCAAACACGGCUUACAUGCACUCCGAGACACGCUGCAACAAGACAAAGAGUUGACGACCUUGAACACCUCAUUAGGCAUUGUUGGGCCUGACCACAAGUUUGAAAUCAUCGAAGGCGAUGCUCUGGCUCCCUAUUUGGCUCAAAUGGACCCGAAGGACGAUGGCACUGCUCAGCCUGCUCCCAUGGAAACUGAUCCUUGAACACGCAUCUUCCUCGUAUUCAAGCUUAACUCAACAAAAAAACAACGCCAGUUGGAGAUCACUUCUUAAUGGAUUACCCCACUCUUACUACUCCAUGUCUUUCUUUUUGAUUAUUAUCAUUGGUCUUGUUGUUACUAUCUCUCAUACACUGAUUUCUUCAUUUUUUUAAUCCUAAACCCCCAAGAAAACUGUCCAAAUUCAGAGCCCUGUUUUGAUCUCAUCUUUCAGGUGGACACAUGGCUAUUUUUUGGGGGGCAAAAAACAACAAACACGGAGGAGUUAGGUGGAGUGGAAAGAGGACUGGUGAUGCCCAGUUGCAGGGAUAUAUACACUGGUGCAUUUUAACCAUCAAUCUUACGUAUUUGGUUGA